AAAAUAAGCCACACAGUUCAGGUCUGUGUUAACUAGUUAGCUUCGUACAAACCUUCCGCACACUAGCGCUGUUAUUCCGAAUCUUUCCCUGAAUUCUGACACAUUGUCAGUUCUGCUUGUAAGUGAAUUUAGUGUUUAGUGAAUUUGUUCACACAGUUUGUUAUUAGCUUUUAGCUACUGUUAGAGUUUAGCUGGCUAACUAGCUAGCAAGAAUAAAGAAAGACAGUGUAAAUGGGGAACAGUGCUCUCAAAGCUCAUCUGGAGACCUCACAAAAAACUGGAGUGUUUCAGUUAACGGGCAAAAACCUGCAGGAGUUUCCUGAGGACUUACAGAAGCUCACUGGGAAUCUGCGCACUGUCGACUUGUCCAACAACAGGAUCGACUCGCUGCCCGUGUUUAUAGGAAACUUCCAGCAGCUAAAGAGUCUGACCAUCAGCAACAACCGCCUGACCUGUCUCCCUGAUGAGAUGGGGAAACUGAGGAAGUUGGAGACAUUAGUGUUGAACGGUAAUCAGCUGUCUCAGCUCCCCGCCUCGUUCUCUCAGCUCAAAGCUCUGCGCACACUCAGUCUCUCAGCCAAUCAGUUCAGAGAAUUUCCCGGCAGCCUCGGAUCCCUGCGUCAUCUCGACGUCCUCGACCUGUCCAGAAACCGCAUCCAGGCCGUUCCUGCUGAGGUGUCGGAGCUGCAGGCCAUCGAGAUCAACCUCAACCAGAACCAGAUCUCCGCUCUGUCUCCGGAGGUUUCUCGCUGUCCGAGACUGAAGGUGCUCAGGUUGGAGGAGAACUGUCUGGAACUUUCCUCCAUCCCCUCCUCCAUCCUCACACACUCCAAUGUGGCUCUGCUCUCCGUCGAGGGAAACCUGUUCGAGGUGAAGAAGCUGCGUGACCUCGAUGGAUAUGACCAGUACAUGGAGCGUUUCACAGCGACGAAGAAGAAAUUUGCAUGAGGGACAAAAACCCAAAACAAAACGGUAAUGAAGAACACGAGAGAAAGGAGGAGAAAUGUGUCAUUGUUGACUACAGAGCUGCGCUCCAGCUGCAGGGAAAACGUCCCAGCAGAAUGAGAAAUAAAUGUGUGAUGGGUUUCAUCACACCUCAGUAUUUAAUCACAAGAUUCCGUUAGGAAUAAAACACACAGUGUAAAGAGAGUGGGUUAAAAUCAGCUAAUACACUACAUCACACACACACACACGUGCACGAGGCUUUACAAACUUACAUAAUGCUCAUUCACUUACUUUCAUUUAUAAUUUACAGAAUUAUGAAUAUUAAUUUUAAUGUAUGUGUACAUUAAUAUUAGUCACUUCACUGAUCCUCAGAUUCUUACAUGUAUGAUUUCCAUAUUCUCUCUCUGUCUGUCUGUCUGUCUGUCUGUCUGUCUUUUUGUACGUCAUGAAGAGGAAUGUCCUGUAAUCCUGUGAGCGAGAGCAUGAACAUGUCAUGAAAAUGAAGGUGCAGUCUGAACAGUAACGUGCUCACGUGUGACAGAUAUUAUAUAAAUAUAAUAAAUACAGAUGUAAUGAUA